AUGCAGAAGGGCAAUAACCAGCAGAAUAAGAAGAGAGUGGCGUCUUCAUCAACAAAUACCAACAACAACAAUUCUACAACAGUGGAACGUCCAACAAAAAAGAUUAAAGAAUCACAACAAGGUACUAUAGCACCUUCCGAUGGAAAGAAUGACAUUAUUUCAAAGGAGUUGCAAAAAUCUCUUCCAUUUGACCCUCAUUUUGUUGAUAGCAAUAACGAAAAGAAGGAAAAAACACAAUCAACAACACAUGUUAAACCAAUCAAAGCACUACCUCAAAAAAGUAGAAAAAAGCAAAAGAGUGAGGAAAGAAAAAAGAAAAAGGUGGAAGAAAAGAAGGCUAAAGAUACUAUGAGACAACAAUUAAUUGAAUCUCACCAAAAGAAUACACUAAAAGAUGAAGAAUUAAAAUUAUUAAAACCUAUAGGAUCUAUUGGUAUUGGAUCAGAGACAACAAAACAGGAGUUACAAAGAAAGGCAAUUUACGAACAACUUGGUAUCAAGGAAACAGCUCCUAAAGCUGAAAAGUUUUGGAAUAAGAGGAAUCCCGAAUUAAUUAAUGAAAAGUGGAAUGAACAAGGUUUACAAUUGUAUGAAGAAAAUGAUGAGGAUUUGAUAAAAAUCAAUUCAAUCAUUCAAACAAAUUCAAAGGAUUCUUCAUCAGAUAAAAUGCAAGUUGAUGAAGAUAACAAACCAGAAGAAAAGAAGCCACUCAUGGUUCUGGACUUUUUUGGAACAGGAAACACAGUUAGUAACGUACCUUCUGCUAAAAACAUUUCUAAAAAGGAAAAUGAAGAGAAAAAGGAACAAAUUACAGAGUCUAUCUUUUAUGAUAGUGAUGAAGAUCCAAUGGUUGGCUUAAAUUUGGAAGAUAUGGGUAAAUCUCAUAAUCAACUUAUUGAUGAUAUGAUUGAAAAGCUAGAUCAAUCAAAAACAGAUGAGGAAAAGGAAAUUAAGUUCACAAGAUUUUAUGUCACUGUUAAAAGAAAACCAGAAAUACAAGAUCAAAGAAUGCUUCUUCCUAUCUGCGGUGAAGAACAGAGAAUUAUGGAAACAAUCAAUGAAACUGCUGGAUUAACAACUCCAGAGGGACAAACUAUAACACCACUCAAAUUAAUUAUCAUGAGUGCUACACUCCAAUUAGAAAACUUUACUGAUAACAAGAAGCUUUUCGCUAAUCCACCUCCUGUUGUUGAUGUUCAAUCAAGACAAUAUCCAGUUGUUGUUCAUUUUAAUAAGAGAACAAUUUUCAAUGACUAUAUGGAGGCUGCAUUCAAGAAGGUUGUAAAAAUUCAUGAAAGUUUACCAAAUGGUGGUAUUUUAAUUUUUCUUACUGGUAGAAAAGAGAUUGAAUUUUUGGUUGAAAAGUUGAAAAAUUACUCAACCAAACGUUAUGUUCAAAUUGUUAAAAAAGAGAUGGAAAGGAAGAAAUCUCUUAAAGAAAAGGAAGAGGAAAAUCAAAGAACGGUAGAGGAAGAAGAAGAAUUAAUUAAUCAACUGGGUGAUUUGAGUGAUAGUGAUGAUGACGGUGAUGAAAUUUCCUCCAGUAAGAAGGCUGUUGGACUUAAGGAAGAUGAAAAUUUAUUUGACGACGACCAAGAUCAAUCCGAGCAAGAAGAAAAAGAAGAAAAAGAAAUCAAAGAAGAGGAAGAAAAGGGAAAGAGUGAAACUGUUGUUCUCUUCCAAGAAAAUAUUAAAUCCGAUAAGGUAAAGAAGGAAGGUGAGGAAAAUAAUGCCAAGCUCAAUACCCCAAUAGAAAAUAUCAUUUUACAAAUGAAGAGUAUGGGUAUCAAACAAGUCGAAAAAUUCCCAUUCCCAACUCCUCCCGAUGCUGAUUCUGUGAAAAAAGGGGUUGACGCUUUAGUCAAUUUAGGUGCUCUUGAUAAAUUUAUCUCAAAAGAGGGAAAUAUUGAAACAAUGAUUACCAAAAUGGGUUCUGCCAUGAAUAGAUUCCCACUCCAUCCUAGAUUUGCAAAAAUGUUAAUUCUCUCAAACAAUAAUCCCGACUUACUAUUAUAUACUGCAGGUGCUGUGAGUGUAAUGACGGUCCAACAAAUAUUUAUGCAUGAUAACCAUUUAACUCUUUUGAAAGAAAAGAUUGAGAGAAGAAAACAAGAAGAAUUGAAAGAAAAAUUCUCUCGAUUAGGAAUGAAAUCAGAUGCCAUUGAUAAGAACAAGAAGUUGCAAAUCGACUUGGAAGAAAUUGAAGAAGAGCAAGCUGCAGAAAGUUUGGAAGAAAAUUUAUCUGAAGAACAAAUCAAUGAAGAGAAACAAUAUUUGGAUGAGCAAGAGCUUGAAAUGAAGACUAAAUGUAAGGAAAUUAAGAAAAUGUGGUCCCAUCCUCUCAGUGAUCAUUUGGCAAUGCUUAAGGCAGUUGGUGCCUAUUUAUAUGCAGAUGAUGCAAAAGAGUUUUGUCUCGAAUAUAUGUUACAUCAAAAGAAUAUGAGAGAAGUUAGAAAGUUGCAUAGACAAUUAUUAAAUACAGUUAGAUCAGAAUUAAAAGCAUCUGCCUUGGAGAUUGAUACAGACGAAACUGAAGUUGAUAUUCACGAGAAGGAUGAAACUGUUGAAUUCCCAGAACCAAAAGAUGAUGAAGAUGAACAAUAUCAAGUUGAUACUGCUAUCAGACAAGUUAUUUGUGCUGGUAUGGUCGAUCAAGUUGCCAGAUUAGCCACUGUGGAAGAUUUGGCUCAUAUGGAUGUUUCAUAUAAGGAAACAAGCAAGCCUUAUGUAACUCUUUCAUUGGGAAGGUCUGUACCUGUAUUUAUUCAUCCUGGAUCUUGUCUCUUUGGUCGUCAUCCAGAGUAUGUUGUAUUUACCGAAUUGAGUAAGAGUAGAAAGAAUAAGACUUAUAUGAGAGGAGUGACAGCAAUUGAACCAAACUGGAUUUCUAGAUUUGGUAACAGCAAGUGUGGAUUUGUUAAAUUUUCAGACCCUCUCGAAUCUCCAGCUCCAUUCUAUGACUCUGUUGAUGAUAUGGUUAAAUGCUUUGUGAGACCAACAAUUCGCCAAUCGGCUACGGGUGUUGUUUGGACUCUUCCAAUAGAACCUGUUGAGUUUAAGGAUGGAUCAAGACAGGUUAAUGUCUUUGCUAAAUCUAUUCUCGAAGGAAAGGUGUUCGAAGGUCUAAAACUUUCAAAAGAAACUAUGGUCAACCUUCCAACAAUCAUUCAAUCAAAACGUUUCUUGGACUUGACAAUAUCUCUAAAGAAAGUGUUCCCAAAUGGCCUUAAAUGCUCCAAAGCCAAAUUGCAAGCAAAAUGGAAUGAAGACUCAUCCUUCCUUAGGAAAGAACUUUCAAACCUUGGGUUAAAGUUUUAA